UUAGAGGUCAUAUGUGAACACUAGUGACUGCUGUCUGUCUCUCAUUCUGUCUGUGUCCAUCAACCAACAAUGCUUCCACCACUGUGCUAUCUGCUUCUAGCUUUUGCUGUUCUGCUCUGCAACAGUGCCCACACGGACAAUCAUGGCGGCUCAGACACAAAGUGUCCUCUGAUGGUGAAAAUCCUUGAUGCAGUCAAAGGAACUCCAGCUGGAUCAAUGCCACUCAAAGUGUCACAGAAGACUACUGAAGGGGGAUGGACAUUGAUUGCUAAUGGAGUGACAGAUGCCACUGGCGAGAUCCAUAAUCUGCUCACAGAGGAGCAGUUCCCAGCAGGGGUCUAUCGUGUUGAGUUUGACACCAAAGCUUACUGGAAGAAUCAAGGGGGUACGCCAUUCCAUGAAGAAGCUGAUGUGGUGUUUGAGGCCCAUGCUGAAGGUCAUCGUCACUACACAUUGGCCUUGCUCCUCAGCCCAUACUCCUACACCACCACAGCUGUGGUCACCGAUGCACACCAGUGAUACACAUCACAAGGCUCGGUCUCAGGUAUCAGGAGAGUGAGCUACAUAUGGAGAAGUUGUUGUUUCUUCUUCUUGUUCUAUUCCAAACCAACAAUGUACUGUGUAUGUAUCAAAGAUUGAUUAUCUGAGACACAGAGCUCCAUUGUUUUCAAAAGCUAUUAAACCACAUUAGUGAGCCA